AUGGCGCGGGAGAGGCCUCCCGGGAGGGGCUGCGGCGCCCUGCGCCGGUGUGUGCUCGGCGCCGCGCUGCUGCUCGGCCUGCGGCUGUGCGCGGAGCUGCGGCCCUCCGGGUCCCGACCCCCGGCCCGCAGCGCCCCGCCGGGUCCGGCUCCCCGGCCGCCGGGGCCGCACCUGCCGCCCGCGCCCGGCCCACCCCGCGGCGCCAGCAGGAGGCAGGUGACCUACGUGCGCAGCGGGCGCCGCGCGCCUCCGGAGGGCGGCGGGAGCGGGACGCCGGAGCCGGGCUGCUGUGCCCCGCGCGGGCAUCCCCGCCGGAAGGGUCCCCGGUGGCACAUAGAUCUGCAGCCGUGGGCGGGCCCUGCUCAGUCCCUGGAUGAAGAGGUCUUGAGGUUCCUGAGCUACAUCAGCACCCCUCAGAUUGCAUGCAAUCACAUGAGCACAGACAGCCUAGCUACUGACGCCAGCCCUGCAAAGAAGCCCUGGUCAGUCUGUCUUGAUGACAGGUUUGGCUUAGCGCAUCAAAUCCACAACAAGCAAUGCCGCCUCUACUCUUUAGGGCUGGGGAGUGACGAUACACAGUUUGAGGUUAGCUUGGCCAACAGUGGAUGCGAAGUCCAUCGUUUUGAUCCUAGCGUGAAGUCGGCUCAUCUUCUGAAGAGUCGGCGCCUCUGGUAUCACCGCUUGUCCAUCGACUGGCGGGACCCACACCCAGCUGUGGCGGCCCAAAACCCGCAUAGCAACACCAGAAAGCUGGGCACCAUUUUGAAUGAAUUUGGGCAUCACAAGAUUGAUGUUCUCAAAGCAGAUCUGGAGAGUGCAGAAUGGAAAGUUUUAGAAAACCUUAUUCUGGAAGAUGUCCUGGAACAAAUUGGACAGCUCACCUUUGCGAUUCACCUCCACUGGCCCGGUUUUGAGGUCAGUGGCGGCGACAGCAGUGUCGUGCGAUUCUGGUACAGCCUCCUCAAGGAGGUAGAACUAAAGGGCUUCAGGCUUUUUCAUAGUUACAAAGAUUUGUCUAAACCCCAGCUGUUCCUGAAGAAGGACAUUUUCAAUGCAAGUAGCUGUUAUACUCUGAGUUGGGUGAAUACAAGGUGGACCUAGGGUGCCAGACCUCAUCAAGAGCUCGGGGACGCAGCUGCAGAAUGAGGCAUGUCCGGCGUGCUAACGAUUGGUGUCCUGUCCCGCCUCCUCCCACUAGCCUGUCAGCUGCUCUGGGCCGGGGUUGUGUGAUUGCCUGUGGCAGGGACACACUCAACACCUGUGGUUGGGAUGGACACAGGGGUGCCACCGGGGUCCAUCUCCAUCGUCCAAAGCCCAGGCCUUUCACCCGUUUGCCUCUGGCAGAGCGGGGAUGCUUGUCCUUUUUCAUUAUAACUGGGAGGAUAACCCCCACUCAUUUGUUUUCCCUAAAAUCCACUAUAUAUCUAAAAUCCAUGAAUUCACCAACAUGAAAAAGAAAUUACAUCAAAUUUCCUUUUUUCCUGGGUUGAUGAGAUUCUUAAGUUUGUAGCUAACUGGGUAACAUAGGGCCUUCCCCUUGACUUUCGCUCCCCCUCUUUCAAGGUUGUUCUUGUUCAGCUGGUCCGCGACGUUCUUUAGGACCUUGUAGAUUUCAGCCAUUCGUCUUCAGCCUUUGUGGAGGCCGUGCUGUGGCUUUAGAAGCACCCCUGAUUCUGGUUUCUGGGGACUCAGACACACCAAAGUCUGUCACUGAGUUUAAAAGACUAGACUGUCAAGAACUUGAACUCAGGAUCUUUUCAUACUCAGCCUUAAAUCCCCUUCUGCUCCUGCGAACUAAGCACAAAGCAGAAUUUGGGUGUCUGUGCUAUUGUCUCCACUGACUUCAAACCUGAUUUCUCAACCACAGCCUUGCUUAUGCUGUCAAAUCUUUUUUUUUUUUUUUUAACACAUUAUGUCAAAGAUUAAGUGAGUUUUUCUCUACUGCCAGUGGGCAUUUGUUAGAAGACUGCGGCCUAAGAGCCUAAGUCUGUCUCUUUCCUGAGAUGCUUACAUUGGGUUUCAGUAACCCCAGUCCUUUCUAUAUUUUUAAAAAUUAAACAGGAAAUGUAGAUUUUCAGUAGAUCAAGUGAUCUCCAUCAUUUUUAUUUAUGGGAUUAGACAUUUACCCCCAUGAAUGAUUUUCAAAAAGUCUACUUCAAACAAGUCAAUAGUUAGCAUAAAAAUAAACCAAAUUAUUACCUUAUUAUAAAUUAAGUAUAUUUUCUGGCUUUUUUUUUUAACAUCACAAGAGAGCAAGAAAACUAUAGACUCAUUGUCCAAGAAACUUGGGGAGAGAGUAGAAUGCUGGUUGCUACUAGACUUUAUUCCUUUUCCCACCUUUUUACCGCCUUCUACCCCAGAUGUUCCCUGGGUUGGCUUUUUAUUUCUUGCAGUGGUUUGAAAAUACCAUGCCCUCAAGUGAGAAACCAAAAUAUAGUAGAGUUAGAUGAUCUUACUGACUUCAGUUCAAAAGGGAACAAGACUUUCUGAAUUUUUAAAAGUACAAAUAAGCUUUUUAUUUUAAAAUGCACUGUACAUUAGUAAAAGUCAUUGAGAUGGGAGCUUAAAAUAGCAGCUAAGUUGCUCUCUAUGUCCAUGGGCAUCUCAAAAGCACAAAGGGUCCAUGAAAAACUCUGAAAAGCCUGUGUCACAGCCUCUAAAACAAAGUUACCUUUAGUCCACUUCCUGCUUGGAUUGUAUCACAGAUCCUCUCUUUUAUUUUUUUAAUUAAAAUUUUAUACAGUGAAGUCUAUACGAUAAACCUUUUUAUACAUUAAACCUUGUGAGCCUUCUUCUA